CCUGAGGAACCUCAGACUGUGAGGGACGGUGCCGUCCUUCCAGCAGAGAAAAGGUUUUCCUGUACUGAGUGCGGAAAGCGUUUCCGUUUGAAAUCCCAUCUUUAUGUGCAUAAAAGAACCCACACAGGUGAGAAACUACAUUCCUGCCCUGAGUACACACUUUCCAUACGUCAUAAAUCUCACACAGGAGAGAAGCCGUAUUCCUGCCCUGAGUGUGGAAAAUGCUUUGGACGUAAAUCGACUCUUGUUGCACAUCAAAGGUCUCACACAGGGGAAAAGCCGUAUUCCCACCCUGAGUGUGGGAAAUGUUUUUCAAAGAAAUGUAAUUUCUCCGGCCUACAGAGAUCACACACGGGAGAGAAGCCGCCUUCCUGUCUUGAGUGCGGGAAAUGCUUCGGACUUAAAUCAACUCUUGUUACACAUCAAAGGUUUCACACAGGGGAAAAACCGUAUUCCUGUCUGGAGUGCGGGAAAUGUUUUUCAGAGAAAUACCAUCUCUACAGCCAUCAGAUAUCACACAUGGGCGAGAAGCCUCAUUCCUGUCCUGAGUGCGGGAAAUGCUUUGGACUUAAAUCAACUCUUGUCACACAUCAAAGGUCUCACACAGAUGAGAAGCUGUAUUCCUGUCCUGAGUGCGGAAAAAGUUUUUUAUAUAAAUCACGUCUUGUCACACAUCAACGUUCUCACACGGGGCAGAAGCCUUUUUGCUGUUCAGAGUGUGGGAAAUCUUUUUUAGAGAAGUCCACUCUUAAUUAUCAUCAGAGACUGCACACGGGUGAGAAGCCUUAUUCCUGUUCUGUGUGUGGAAAAGGUUUUGUAAAACAAUCAAUACUUGUCAUACAUCAGAGGUCUCACACGGGGGAGAAGCCAUUUAUCUGUCCUGAGUGCGGGAAAUGUUUUUCAGAAAAGUCCAAUCUUCACAAACAUCAGAGAUCGCACACGGGUGAG